GGGAGCAAUUAUCAUUUGUUAUCAUCGUUUGCAUUUGUUAGGGAUAUUGCUUAGCCGGUCAACAACGAGCAUCUCUUCUCCAUAGUUCAAAUCAUCUCCAAGUGAAUCAUCGUCAAAAUGUUCAAGAUCAUUGGCCUGUUCGUCAUCGUUGCCGUUGCCGUUGCCUCGGUUGCGGCCAAGGCUGAACCCAAGCCCGACGUGAUUGCGUACAGUGCUCCGGUGGUGGCCAAUGCCCCGGUUGCUUCCAGUGCAACCUUCUUCGAGCAGUCCUUCCACGGGAACUUUGCACCUGUUGUCGCCGCCCCCGCUCUAGCAGGUUAUCCCACAGCGUACCUGGCCCCUCCCUUGGCGUAUUCGUAUCCGGCCUAUGAGCCUUUCGUUGCCACAGCCCCAGCCGCUGCCACCGUCCUGCUCAAGUAGAAUGUCCAAUGCAGUAAGUUGGAAGUAAUUGACACGUUGGAUGCUGUGAUUUAUCUGAUUAUGAAGCGUUAAUAAAUGAACCGAAACUUGA